AUGAUCGGCGAUUUCAGGCAAGUAAAAAAACUGGCUGGCCCACGUCGUCCACUAAUUACCUACAUGAAACCUACAAAGCCAUGCGCCACUAAAAGAAGCAAGAUCUCUGCUCUGGUGCCUGCUGCUCCAAGAUCCCUGGCCGUUCAGAGGAAACGUCAAGCAGUCGCUCAUCGUUCACUGAGACCUCGUCCAUGUGCUGAGCGCAACAUUACCAGAAAACCUUGUAAAGGUCCCAAAAAGCUGCUCGCAAGUCUUCCAACUCGUCAGUCGUCACCAUACAAACGUCAUCGUCCGUUGGCACCGUCACUUCCGCCAUUGCCCCGUCGUCCAUGUGUUCAACACUCGGACGAAGUACAAUGCUGGAAAUCGUUGCAGGACCGGAUCAACCCGUCAAAGACCAGUCACAACGACUGGUUCACUCGACGUGGUCAGAUCAGAGCAAAAAAUCGACGCCACUAG